AAGACGAAGCAGUUACCGUGAUCAACGAAUUUCUUGGCUUGAACAAUGUCGUUUGAUGAGAAAACUGUGGAGAGAAUGUGCUUGUACUGCUCGAUUUUCUGCCUCUGGUCCGCGAUCACAGAGGCGCUAGCUAAUGCACCCUCCAUUGAAUUGCUUCAGAGCUCUGAAAUCAAAACCCUAGACCGUAAUCUUCGAUGUAUAUUAGCGAAAUCGGAACUUCUCAGGGUGUCGUUUUCUAAUUGCCGCGGAAACGAAAAAUCACAGAACUUUGCGAGUCCUGACCAUUCCAACCUCGAUUCGCUUCUCUCUCUCUCUCUCGAUCCAAUAGCCGCCGCCGCCGCCGCCGCCGCCGCAGCUGCCGUCGUCGUUGACAGGAAAACCACCUUCAUAACGAGAUUUGGUCUGAUGCUGCCGACAAAAAAACCCGUCAUGUUCCAUACUCCAUUGAUUACGGCUUCUUCUUUUCCAUCGAACACUUGUUGGAAUUAUGACGUAUUCUUGAGCUUCAGAGGUGAAGAUGUCCGCAAAAAUUUUCUUGGUCAUCUCGAUUCUGCUUUAAACCAGGUGGGAUUCAGGACAUAUAAAGACGACAAUGAGCUCGAAAGAGGAAGCGACAUAGCCCCCAGCCUACUAGAAGCCAUCGAGCAUUCGAGAAUUGCAAUUUUCGUGUUCUCCAAAAACUAUGCUGAUUCUAGAUGGUGCCUGGACGAGCUGGUCAAAAUCCUCGAUUGCAGGGACAAGUUAGGCCAGAUGGUUCUACCCGUUUUCUUUCAUGUGGAUCCCUCAGACGUCCGCAACCAGAGGGGGAUCUUUGGCGAAGCAUUUACUCGUGCUCAUCACCAGAAGGUUACGGUAGACAAAGUAGAAAAGUGGAAGACUGCUCUUACCAAUGCUGCCAAUCUGGCUGGAUUUGAUCUACAAAGUGUCAACAGGGAUGAGUCCGAGUUGAUCAAGAAAAUUAUUGAAGAUGUUUGGGAAAAAUUGCAUCCCACUUACCUAAGUGAUGUGAACCACCUUUUUGGAAUUGAAUCUCCGGUGGAGAGAAUAAUAUCACUCUUGAGACUUGGCUCCAAAGAUGUUCGUUUCAUAGGAAUCUAUGGAAUGCCUGGAAUAGGGAAGACAACAGUUGCCAAGGUAAUUAGGAAUAGAAUCUUUCAAGAAUUUGAUGGUAACAGCUUGCUUGAAGACGUCCAAUUAGGAUCUAAACAUGGUGGACUGGUUGAGUUACAAAAGAGACUUCUAUGUGACAUCUUGAGGGUCCGAGGCUUGCAACUGAGUAAUAUUGAUGAUGGAAUUGAUAAGAUUAGAGGUCGAUUGAAGUACAAAAAGGUUCUGAUCAUCCUAGAUAACGUCGACCAUUUGGACCAACUUGCAGGUCUUUCUAAAGAGAGAAGUUGGUUUGGCAUUGGCAGUAGAAUCAUAGUAACAUGUAGAGAUGAACAUUUGCUAAAUGCUCAUGGAGUGGAUGUCAAGUAUGAGGUCCGAAAUUUAUGCUUUCUUUAUGCUGAGCAACUCUUUUCUUGGUAUGCCUUUCGACAACUUUGUCCGCCAGAUGGUUAUGCUGACUUUUCUCAUGAGAUCAUGAGAUAUGCUGGAGGACAUCCAUUAGCUCUUAAAGUUCUGGGUUCUUUCUUAUCAGACAAAAAUCUACUUGAGUGGACUAGUGCAUUGGAGGAACUUAAAAGCACUCCCCAUGGAGAGAUUUUUGAACGAUUUAAAAUAUGUUUUGAUUCACUGAAUGACCAUCAACAGGCCAUUUUUCUCGACAUUGCAUUCUUCUUUGUAGGGAUGGAUGAAGACGAUACAAUUCAAAUACUAGAUGGUUGUGGCUUCCAUACGAAAAUCCAUCUACGUAGUCUUAUCCAAAAGUGCCUCUUAACAAUAAGAGAAAAGAAGCUGAGAAUGCAUGAUCUACUUCAAGAGAUGGCGAGAGAAAUUGUUCAUAGAGAAAAUCUUAGUGAACCUGGUGAACGCAGCAGGCUGUCUUUUAAUAAGGAUGUUCGUAAGGUGCUGAAAAACUAUGAGGGUACAAACAAAGUCAUAGGCCUUAAGGGGUUCUUCUCAGAAACAAGGAAGAAACCAUUUGAUACUGAAGCACUUGCACGGAUGAGCAAAAUGAGAAUACUCCAACUCAGAAAUGCUAACUUUGUUGGAAAGUUUGAACAUUUUUCUAAAGAGUUAAGAUGGUUGUGUUGGGAAAGAUAUUCUCAGGUAUCUAUACCAUCAAGUUUAAAUCUCAAAAAAUUGGUUGUUCUGAGGUUAAGGAACAGCAAACUCAAAUAUAUUUGGGAUGUAUCUAAGGUUCUUAGAAAUCUAAAAGUCCUUGAUCUCAGUCACUCACAUGACUUAAUUGGAACCUCAGACAUCUCAGGUCUUUUAAACAUUGAGAAAUUGAUCUUCAAAGGCUGCAUUAAUUUGAUUGAGGUUCAUCAGUCCAUUGGCAAUCUUAGCAAACUCAUUUACCUGGACUUGGAAAACUGCCAGAACCUUGUUCAUCUUCCUACGGAGAUUUGUAAGUUAAGGUUCCUUGAGAAUCUUAACUUGUAUCUCUGCUCAAAACUAGAGGAGUUGCCAGAGGAUUUUGGGAACAUGGAAAGUUUGAAAGAGCUCAAUAUAGGCUGCACUGCCAUCAAGCAUUUACCCAUGUCCAUUGGCCAUCUUAAGAAUCUUACAAAUUUCUUUUGGAACAAUGAGGGAUCUUUGCUUGAAAGCCCAGGUACCUAUGAUUUGUCUCCGCUGUGGAGUCUGACUUCAGUAAAAGAAUUGAAUCUGUCGUUCUGCAAACUAUCAGAUAAUUCAUUUCCCAGAGAUCUCAGUGGCUCACAAAAUUUGGAGACGUUGCUUCUAAGAGGAAAUGCUUUUCAACACUUACCAAUUUUUCUAUCAAAUUUACCGAAGUUAAAAAUGCUUGAUGUUUCUCAAUGUGAUCUAUCAGACACAUCAGGUCCCUUGGUUGUUGCAAGCCCCUUUUUGCAGGAAUUGAAUUUAAGCAGAAACAACUUCUGCAGCCUACCAGUUGAUCUUACUUCCCUUCCUCUUAAAACCAAGGUUUCCCUAGUGCAAUGCAAUAAGCUCAAAGUAAUAGAAUUUGAAUCAGGCACGAUAUUGAUCAAAUGCAUUUGCGAUUCUUUGGAGAAAGUAACAUUCAAAGGAGGGCUCAGUGACAGAAGUCUUAGACCAAUCCUUCGUAGUUUUUAUGAAUUUUCUUCGUUUCUGAGCUUCUGCUUUGUGAAAUAUUUAACUGGCAAGCAACUUGCUAAGUUAGAGCACUUGUUGGGAUUGAAGGCUUCGCUAAAGAAGUGCUCGGUUUUUUUCAGAGACUUCAUACUUACUUGGAGUAAGGAUCGUUCCAUUCAGGGUUUUUCUGAUUAUAUGGAGCCGAUUUAUAACAUCUUUCUUCCCGAAGGAACGAUGCCCUGUGGGUUUAAUCAUGAGGAUAAUGUUGCUUGUACAAUUGUAGAUGUGCCUCGAGUUUCAAGUGGAAGUUUCCAAGGGCUUGCAGUAUGUGUUAUUUGUCAUAUUAUAGAUCCUGAUCUUUUAACUUUAGCUAUAACAAUAGAGGAUGAGGAUUUUUCUCGUCACUACCGGACGCGCCUUCCGUGGGCCUUUAAGGACCAUAAAGGUGGAGUCAUGUGGGUCAGCUGUUGGAGAACACCAAGUUUGGUGAAUGAAUGCAAGAGAUUCAAUAUUAAAGUAGAGACUGACGUUGCUGACGGAUCUAACGGAUCCCAUCUCUGGAUUGUGAAAAGGAUCGGUUUUCGCCUCUUAUCUGAAGAGGAGCUAGACCGAGCCACAGAUAUCUGGAGAGAAUCCACCUGGGGUCGUGAUAUGGACCCAGUUCAUGGGUUUUCUUGCAGGUAGAGAGUAAAACUAAAAAAAUCGAGAGUAAAUGGGUUGAAGUGACAAAAGUUGAAAACAUCAAGUCUAAUUUCAUAAUUUCCCCAUUCAAAGAAAUUUUCAUCCGCAUACAGGUGGCACAACAUUGUGGGCUUUAUCUUAUUGUGUAGAUAAGAUGGACUUUCUAAAGAAGGGCACGGAGAUUUUUAAAGGAGGGCACAUUGUUGGAUAUAAAAGGGGAUUUUGGGAGGCGGACGAAGAGACUUCCAAAGGGGUGACUGCAGAAAUCAAAGGGCAGCCGACAUAGAGCUUGGAAGGCGAGUUUGAGGCAGAGCUUGCGAGGAUUCUGUGCGAGGCAGAAGCAAAGGUAGCCACUGGGGACACUUCAAUCGAAAACAAAAGGGGACAAGCGUAACAGUGAAGGCUACAAAUCUGAUUCUAGUGUUCCACAAAUUGGGUUUUACUCUUCUAAACUUACUUUUUCCUUUAUUUGGAUAUGAAAUUGUGGUUCAUCAAUUCUCAGAUUUUAUCAUGUUUA